AUGCUGGACGUCAACCUGUACACGCUCAACUUCGUGCGGUCGACAAACGAGCCCGAUAAGCUGUUCCUGAUCCAGGAAUCCACCGGCGAGCCCGUCUACUUCCGUCUCCGGGUGCCCGAAGGCAGCGAGACGCGGACGGAGCUAUACCAUGCGGCCACCCUGGCCCCGCUGGGCGUCUUCCAGCCGCUGUCGUCCAAGCUGAAGCUCAUCUCGCUCGCCAACCCCUCAGCGACGGUGGAGCUGAAGAACUCGGGCUACAUCCACUUCGAAUGGACCUUCUUCUUCGACGGCCGGCUCAAGUUCUGUUGGCGCAAGGACAUCGUCGGGAUGUCUGGCAGCAAGCGUGGAUACACCUGCUGGAUGAGUCGGAAACCGGACCCUGAUUACCCGUGUGCCAUCUAUCGCCCUGGCUCAUCGACCGCCCCGCCCUCGUGCCAAUUCCUCGACUUCAACAUCCGACGGAUCGAGAACCUGCACGACCCACGCGGGCUCGAGUUUACGAUCAUCCUCGCUCUCCUGGGCUUCACGGAAGCGCUCGUCGACCCGGAGCCCUCAUCAGUCUCACCGUCUCUCUCACAGACACAAAUCCCGACAGCCACCAAUCACGGUCCGAUCGAAGCUAACGAGCUCCGUGUGGUCGAGAACAGCUCGACGUCUGAGUCUGAGCUGGUAGCCCAAGGCCACAAGCUAUUCGAGGACCCGCUCUUCCUCUACCUCUCGGUCCAUGCGCCCUCGCCCAAGACAUUCAAGCAGGCGGUCGCGAUCGCCGAGCAGAUCAAGCGGGACCGGCUCAAGAGACACGGCGAGGAGCUCUACCAAUACCUUGUCGACGACAUCAUGACCCAAGAAAUGUCUACCGGACGGCUCCCCGCCUCGUCAAACGCUUCCAAACCUUCCGAUCUGAAAGUCUAUCUCUCUCGGACGCCCCUCGACGAACUCCUGCCCAAGUCGGCCACGCCUUCCAAGACCAACAAGAAGGCCGCCAAAGCUGCCGCCUAUCUGCACAAGCCCCGGGUCCCGCCAAAAGAACACGCACGAACAUCUUCUUUUGCUUCUUCCGCUUCUGCUUCCUCGCCCCACCAUUCGUCGCCUUCGCGGUUCAUGACCGGCGUCCAUCGACGGACCUAA